UCGUGACCUCACUUCCGGCUGUGUCGUGUUCCGGUGCGGUCGGAGCUGUGUGUCGUUUGUGUGUGCGUCGUUCUGUGUGAGAAGGCCGACGUCUUUCCCGCUCCGUCUCCGGACACCGCGCAACACCAAACCACCGCCCUACCGCGCGCCUUGCACCCCUCACCGGGGAUCUGUCCGAGGAUCGCCUUCCCCGCCACAUAACCUGCCUUUCCCGCUCUUCUCCCGCGCGCACCACGUGACCUGACCAACAUGGCCGCCCAGAGCCCAGCGAGAGAGCCGGAGAGCGUGGAGGAGGAGGAGGAGACAAUGGAGGAGGAGGAAGAAGAAGAGGAGACCAUGGAGGAGGAAUUCACCGUCCAGAUCGGGUCCACCUACUCCUGUAAGAGGAGCGACGGCACCUACCAUGAUGCUGAAGUUGUGAAGACCAGAAUGAAUAAGCGUGCCGGAAGGGAGGAAUAUUAUGUCCGUUAUGCUGGAUUGAACUGCCGCCAAAAUGAGUGGGUGGAUAAAACCCGUUUGGUUCUGGUCAAACAAGUGGAAGAGGAGGAAGACGCAGCAAAUGAGGAAGAUGAGGCAGUAGAUGAAACCAAUCAGGAGACCUCUGAAAAUGGAAAUGAGCCCCAAAAAGAGGAUGAACCUGAGAAAGAGGAUGAUGAAGCUGAGAAAGAGGAGGCUGAACCUGAGGAGGAGGAUGAGCCCGAACCAGAGGAGGAUGAGGAGCCUCAAGCAAAGAAAAUCAGAGUGGAGGUUCACGAAGCUCCAGGGAACAGCUCUGUCGUGGCCUCUGACGAUUUUGCUGAAGAGUUGACCUGUCUGCUGUGCAAUGAGCUCUUCAAGGAUCCCGUCGUUGUGGAAUGUGGCCAUAACUUCUGCCGCACCUGCAUUGACGAGGCCUGGGAGGGUCAGGAGUCCUUCACCUGCCCCGACUGCGAGGAAGAAAUUACCGAGAAGAGAUGCACCAGCAACAGAGCCCUGGCCAACCUCGUGAAGAAGGCGGCAACAACUCCCGCAAAGACCAUAGUGAAGGAAAAGGUACCACCUCCUGAGAACUGUCAUGUGCACGAGGAGAGGCUGAAACUGUUCUGCAAGGACGACGGCGACUUGGGAUGCGUAAUCUGUCGAGAGUCUCUGAAACAUGCAAACCAUUACUUCCUUCCCAUCCUGGAUGCCAUGGGCGUUUACAAGACCGAAUUAUCUUCUAUGGUUACUCCCCUGGAAGAUGCCUUGAAGGUGGCUGAAAAGAUGGCAAAGCAACAAAACGAAAAAAUUGACAAACACAGAACCAGCAUGAAGGAGUACCGGGAGCACAUUGAGUCUGAAUUUGUGAAGAUGCACAAUGUCCUGAAGGAGCGAGAGGAGAAACUGCUGGGGAAACUGCAGACAGAGGGUGAAAGUCUCUUGUCAGAAAUGGAGGACAAUAUCGCCAAGAUACAGGAGAAUAUAGACAACAUCAAAGAAAGCAUUGCUACAGCCAGCGAAAAAAUGAACGAUGGAGACUCCAUUUCUUUCCUGACCGAUAUCAAAACCUUCAUUAAGAAGUGUCAGGAUGAGCAGAAAGAGGCCUUGUCACCUGGAAACACGGUCAUAGAGAAGGAGCUGAGCGAAGAGGCUUACAAGGUGCCUGUUCUGGCCUCUAUGUUUGAGGAAUUGAAGACUACCGUCGUUCCCGCCGUCUCCUCCGUUUCCGCCGUUCCUCAAAAGCCUAAGGAGAUUUGGAUCAUCGGGAACUAUUGGGUGAGCCGGGCUAAUCAACUGUCAAAGAAAAGUGCAUAUGGCAAGAACCUGGGACUCGAUCAAAAACUAUUUUCAGUUCGUUGGAUUGAUGGGUACACUCUGCAGUGGAGUCACGUGUUUCCGGAACUGAGGCGGGCUGCAUCUCAUUAUGGAAAACCAAGCAUAGUUUUUAUCCAUCUAGGGAGCAGUGAGCUGGGAAAAGAUCACCUUUUUAAGUUUAUAUCUAAUGUGAAAAAAGAUUUUCCGCGCCUAACCAAAUUGCACCCAAACACGCAUUUUAUCUGGUCAAAUGUUCUGCCCAGAAAGGAGUGGCAGAAUCACAUAGAAGGCCAGAGAAAUAUGUUUAACGAGAAAGUUUCUAGUCAUGCAGCAAGUUGUGGAUUCCAGGUGGCCGAGCUCAGUGAAGUCGUGGAGUUGUGUAAAGACAGUUACCAAUUAAAAAAUAAAAGUUCCGAUAUGGUUAAAAUUUGCGAUGCCUUUAUUAAGCAUCUCAAAGACGCCUUAGAAACGGCACUCAAAAUGAAAGAACUCCCCUAAUGCAUUCCAUAUAAGCGAGCACUCGUUGUUACUGGUUCAUUUCAAGGUUCAGUUGAUUUUUCUGUGUAGCAGUAGUUCCUCACUAUAUUGUGCAUUUUUUUUUUUUUUUUAAAUGUGUUUGGCUACUUUUUUGAGGAAGUUUUGUGAUAAUUGGGGGGCACGCAGUCUCCUUGUUCAGAGGCUCCACCAAGAUUGUUGUAUCCUUGUUUAUAAUUCGUUGGCAUAUUCUUUGCAUCUUCAAAGUCAUGACUUUUCUUAUAAAGCAACCCUGUUGGUAGAGCAAAAAGCUUAGGAUUGUGAAACCUUACAAAAAAACCUGACUAGAGAGCUUUCAAUAGAACAGUGUGAUCCGUCUUUUUUUUUUUAUAUUGCCAGGUUGACUAUUUUUUUUACGUGAAGGAAGCCUUGAAAUGUUUCAGUCUCCGGCAAUACCUGCUUAUAAUUACUAUAUCUACAGUUGGUGUGAUGGCCAGUGAUAAACAUGCUCCCUACGUGGCUAUAAAGAUAUUUCAUAGGUUACUUAUCUGAGAGACUCAAAUAGCUUAAGAGGAAACCCUAGCAACAUCUGGAGGAACCUAAGUUGAGAGUCUGGAAUAGACUCUACCCCUGCUAUUCAGUACAUGAAGCUAUGUAGGGAAUUGCCAAUUACCGGUAAAUUUGCACGGUCACCCUGCAAGAAAUUCCACCACAACAAUGGAGAUCUUCAAAUAUUAAAAACUUAAAGCUGAAUUUUCUUUUGAUAUACUUUACAUAGUUCGUUUUUGGGCCAGCUUGGCCCAUAUGAACUAUGACCCUCACCAUCAUGUGAGGCUGCUAGAUGUGCGGUAUAAACUGUAGCUACGCACAUUAUGCCAUGUUAUGUUCCAGGUUUGAGCCUAGACUUCCUGGCUCAUACCCAGAACAGAGUAUCACAGUGGCACCCAGAGAAAGCGAUGUAUUCUGUCAAUGAUUGGUUGAGUCAGAGAGGUCGUCUAAUGUCACAACCUCUGACUCAGCCAAUCGGAGGAAGCUUUGUAUUCAUUGAAUAGAAUACAUCACUUUCUCUUAAUGGCUGAGUGCCACUGUGAUACUCUGUCUCAGUUCUAACCCGGAACACAGUGUGGUAUGCUGUAUGUGACCACAGCUGCAUAGUUUUUACCAAGCUGGCCCAAACCAAUUAUGUAAAUAUUUCAAGAGACGGAGUUCAGCUUUAACAAUUACCCAACUAGUUUUGGAAAGCACACCUUAAACUUGUUUUAAUUCCUUAGUGCCCAGCCCUGGUGUACCAGGUUUCUUACAUCAAGGGGGUUGAAAGGGACUGACUGACCAUAAGACCGCUGUGAUUAGCUAUCACGGUGGUCAAAUGCUUGAGAACCGGUCCCACUAAAUUCUGAGCUGUCUUGUCUAAUAGCUCAGUGGCUGUACCGUGACAGAAAAAUCUACCGCCGAUGGACGCAUACGUGCAGCGUGGGUGGCAAUAAAUUAAUCAUUCCUUGCAGCACCUCAGGAAAUUUGGUCUGUCAGGAACUUUUUUUUUUUU